AGGAAAAAAUCAAACUCUUUUUUGCAAUCCCUUUUCAGAUUUGGAUUUUUGUUUAUCCCACUCUUACGUUUAACUGAAUUUCCCCCCACAAAAUUCGACCCUUUUGCCUCCAUUGUUUGUUGAGUUCCCUUUUUUUUCCCACUUUUUUGUUCCCUGAAAAAAUCGGUUUGUCCGUGCAAUCAGGUAAAGGCUUAAUUAAUUAAAAAAAAAGGCGGCCAAAUGUUUGCUUCCGAUAUGAAUCCGGCGAGGGAUGCCGGCAGAUUUUCCACAGCAGGCAUGGUGUUGUUUCCAGUUCAAUUUACAUGGCUGUAUGGUGGAAGAAAUGUCGCCGUAUCCGGCUCUUUCAAUGGGUGGACUGAGCUCGUGCGAAUGUCUCAGGUUGAAGGUUGUCCCAAUGUGUUUAAAGCCGUUUGUGCCGUGCCACACGGUUCUCAUGAGUACAAGUUUCUUGUUGAUGGUGAAUGGCGACAUGAUGAACAACAACCUCAUAAGAACGCCGGCGAAUAUGGAAUGGUUAACACUUUUGACACUCGACCCGUACCUGCAGAGGUCGUCCCUCAGCAUCAACUUUCUGCAGUUAUAUUAAAUCAAGCAAUGCCUAGGAUUUCAGAAGAGGAUGUACAGGCUGCCCGUCAUCAAAUCUCUGCAUUUUUGGCCGCACAUACGGCUUAUGAGUUACUACCUGAGUCAGGCAAGGUUGUUGCCUUAGCUGUUGAUUUGCCCGUAAAACAAGCAUUUCAUAUUCUGGCUGAGCAGGGUAUCCCUGUGGCUCCUCUUUGGGACUUCGGCAAGGGGAAGUUUGUUGGAGUUAUUAGUGCUUCGGAUUUUAUUUUGAUUCUGAGAGAGCUUGGAAAUCACGGAUCAAACUUGACAGAGGAAGAGCUUGAAACACACACUAUUUCUGCUUGGAAAGAAGGAAAAGCAUACAUGAAUGGGCAAGUUGAUGGGCACGGAAGACCAAUUCCAAGACAAAUUAUCUUUGCUGGGCCAUCUGAUAAUUUGAAGGAUGUAGCUUUGAAGUUUUUGCAAAAUGGAGUCGCCACAAUUCCUGUCAUUCACUCAUCGUCAGAAGAUGGUUCAUUUCCCCAAUUAUUACAUCUCGCAUCGCUUUCUGGAAUACUAAAAUGCGUAUGCAGGUAUUUUAAACAUUGUUCUGGCUCCUUCCCCAUGCUACAAUUACCGAUUUGUGCUAUCCCUCUGGGUACAUGGGUUCCGAGAAUCGGAGAAUCCAACAGUCGUCCAUUUUCUAUGCUGAGACCUAACGCUUCUCUUAAUUCAGCAUUAAACAUGCUAGUUCAAGCUCGUGUAAGUUCAAUACCUAUAGUGGACGAUAAUGACUCGUUACUAGACGUGUAUUCUCGGAGUGACAUAACAGCUUUGGCAAAAGGCAGAGCUUAUACACAUAAUCUAAAUGACAUGACUGUUUAUCAGGCAUUACAAUUAGGACAAGAUUCUAACACUCCUAAUGAGCUGAGGAGUCAAAGAUGUCAGAUGUGCUUGCGUACCGACUCGUUGCUUAGAGUAAUGAAACAAUUGGCAAACCCUGGUGUCAGACGGCUCGUCAUCGUGGAAGCCGGAAGUAAUCGUGUAGAAGGCGUUAUCUCGCUGACCGAUGUUUUCAGGUUCCUGCUUUGUUAGUCCGAAAUAAUCGCAGAUGAAGUAUAAAGGAGGGGUGAGGCUUUGCAGUGGCAUUUGGACUCCCCCAUGUCUUGCAGGUGCAAUUCCAAGCCCCCGUUGUUCCGAAGAGACUGCAAUACUUCACACAGGUGAAUCGAGUCAUGUCGAAUCAAAACCUCAUUAAACCGUUGGAAUUGACCACUUGCUUUCUUGCCUGCAUAUUAUUAUUUUUGUUUAAAAUUUUAGGCCAAAGAGGCAUCAUUUGUAAAUUUAAGAUAAUUUUCAUUUUUUUUUUUGCUGCAAAAUUUGUUCAUCUAUCCAUCCCUUGCAAACCAAA